AUGUCCAACAUCAAACUGACUGGACGCAUCUCCAAGGCUGCCCUAGUUCGGGCUGAGGUUUUGUCGCAGGUUGACGCAAAGUUUAUCCUUGUAAAACUACACCGAGAACAGGUAUCUGGUAGAGCACGGCCGGAACUUCAACAGAACUCAGUUCUGGUACUUGUUGAUCAGCAUGCCGCAGAUGAGAGAUGUCGACUCGAGGCACUGAUGCAAAACUACUUUGAGAAGGCGGAUGGGUCCGACGAGGUGGUUGCACGGACGCAGGCUCUUGAGAAGCCCCUUCAGUUAGAGUUUUCCAACAAGGAGCAUCUUUUGCUGCGAAGAUAUGCUCAUCAUCUGCGUCGAUGGGGCAUCUUCUACAUGCUGGGGGAUCAAGAAACAAAUGAGUGGCGGCACAAGAGCAGGCAAUUACCCAAGUUUGAGGUGCUGAGUCUCCCACCAAGCAUCUAUGAGAGAUGCAAGACGGAUCCGAAGCUGCUUGCGGAGGUCUUGCGGAAUGAGAUAUGGAAGCUCGAGGAGGAGGGCAGACCGACUACUCGGCCCUUUACUGCUGCCAAGGGUAUCGCUGGUGGUGACAUCGACUGGGUAUCCAAUUUCCACGGUUGUCCUCAAGGAAUCCUCGACUUGUUACACUCGAGGUCUUGUCGAAGCGCCAUCAUGUUUAACGACGUUCUGUCAAAAGAUGAGUGCAAAGAUCUUGUGCGACGGCUGGGUCAGUGCGCAUUUCCGUUCCAAUGCGCCCACGGAAGACCCUCGAUGGUCCCCUUGGUUGACAUGAGAAACUUGAAUAUUCACAAUGAGACCUCUCCAUGGAAGGCAUUCGACUUCUUCGACGUCAACCAGGUCCGACUCGCCGACGACGAGACCCGCGCCUUCUUCGAGAGCAACGAGAUCGCUAGUGUGUGCUCCGGCUCCGACAGCCUCUUCCUCGGGAGCUACGAUGGAUUCGUGCGGAUCGUCGGCUCGAGCUGGAAGAUCGUCAAGAGCUUCCAGGCUCACGAUGUCGGGACGAUCACACACAUGCGCCAGAUCGAGGGGACCAGCUUGCUGGUGACGGUCGCUGAGGACCUGAGCAGCGAGCCGGUGCUGAAGAUCUGGGCUUUGGACAAGUUGGUCAAGAAGACCAACAUGCCGACUUGCCUGAGCACCCUGAACAUUACGAACAACAAGAAGCAGUUUCCGAUAUCGGCCAUCGACCUCCUCGACAACUUGACGCAAGUAGCGGUCGGCUUCGCCAAUGGUGCCGUGACGCUGAUCCGAGGCGAUCUCAUCAACGACCUGGGCGCCAAACAGCGGACCGUACACGAGUCGGAGGAGCCCGUCACGGGCAUCGAGCUGAUGACUGAUGUCCAGGGUGUGACAACUCUCUUCAUCUCCACAACAGCUCGCAUCCUGAAGCUGGCCAUCUCUCGACGAGGCCACAGCUCACCGCCCAAGACGGUGGAGGACCUGGGCUGCAACGUGGAUUGCAUGACCGUCGACAAGAAAACGGGCGACGUUGUCGUGGCUAGGGAGGAUGCCAUCUACACGUACACGCUGGAGGGCAGGGGAGCGCCGCGGGCGUACGAGUCGCCCAAGCGGUUGGUGUCCAUCUACCAAGACUACGUCGCGUUGAUCUGCCCCCCGUCAUCUCCGACCACCGAUAAGCCCUCGGACACCAUGCGGCGGCGCUUUGGCGGCGGAGCUGCCGAUGCCCUCUUCAAUGCGUCGACUUUUGUCCUCUUGGAACCGGACCUGAGGGUGAUUGGACACACGCAGUCCCUGAUCUCGCCGUUCAAGGCCAUCUUCCAGAUCUGGGGCGACCUCUUUGUCCUUACCCAGGACGGCAAAGUGAACCGCUUCCAUGAAAGGACUCUGCAGCAGCGCUUGGAGAUGCUCUAUCAGCGCAACAUGUUCCCCUUGGCCAUCGAGCUGGCGCAGAAGUCGAAGAUGGACGCAACGCAGCAGAGUGGCAUUUUCCGAAGGUUCGGCGACCAUCUGUACCAGAAGGCCGACUAUGACGGCGCGAUGGUCCAGUACAUCAAGGCUAUUGACACGACGGAACCGUCACAGGUCAUCAGAAAAUUCCUUGACACUCAAAGGAUACACAACCUUAUCCAGUACCUCGAGCAACUACACGAGCAUCGCAAAGCGACGGCAGACCACACAACGCUGUUGCUCAAUUGCUAUGCCAAGCUCAAAGACAUUGACAAGCUCGAAGCCUUUAUCAAAUCUCCGGGUGAUCUGAAGUUUGAUCUCGAGACCGCCAUAUCGAUGUGCAGGCAAGGAGGCUACUAUGAACAAGCGGCGUACCUUGCUAAGAAACACGGUGAAACCGACCUGGUCGUGGACAUCCUCAUUGAGGAUUCGAAGAAAUACGCAGACGCGCUGGACUUUAUCUGGCGCCAGGAUCCGGAGGUGGCAUAUCCCUGUCUCAAGAAAUACGCUCGGGUCCUCAUAGAGAACUGCCCGAAAGACGCAACUACUCUCUUCAUCGACUACUACACAGGCAAAUACCGUCCCAGGAUACACAUCAUCCCCAUUGAAGACAAUGAAGAGAGUGUAGCAGCUGGAGGCUAUGUUGCAGGCGCCGCGAAUGCCGUCCAGAACCUUUCCAACUUCCUUCCUUUGCCGUACAUGAACACAUCCUCCAUCGCCAGUCCUUCAACACCAGGAAACCAGACGAAGCCGAUCAAUGGCGACGCCUCUCUCAUCAUGAAUCCCGAAGAUAUUCCAGCACCAAAGUACUCGCCACCGCGGCCACGAACGGCCUUCUCAUCAUUCAUCGACCACCCCGAUGAGUUCAUCGUUUUCCUGGAAGCCUGCCUCAAGGAGCCAGCUCUGGAGGAGAACGACCGAACAGAUUUAUACACGACAUUAUUCGAGAUGUACCUCCACAAGUCCAACGAGAAGAAGGGGGAUCAGCACAAGGAAGAAUGGGAGAAUAAAGCCAAGACGCUCAUCGAGGGCCAAGACAUACCGAUGGAGAGCUCGAAUGUCCUUCUUCUCUCCCACCUCUCAGACUUCAAAGACGGCACAACGCUCGUCAAGGAGCAAUCAGGCCUCCUCUUUGACAUCUUCCGCUCCUACACGUCAGCAAAGGACACCCGCGGCGCCAUCAAAGCCCUCCGCAAGUACGGCCCAGAGGAACCCCAGCUCUACCCAGCAGCCCUGGCCUACCUGACCUCGGACCCCCGCAUCCUCGAAGAGGCCGGCCCCGUCGAGCUCUCCAACGUGCUCGGCAAGAUCGACCGGGACGGCCUCAUGGCCCCGCUGCAGGUCAUCCAAACGCUCGUCGGUCAAAACGGGUCCUCGGCAGGAGGCGGCGUCGCGACGAUGGGCAUGAUCAAGCCCUACCUGCACGAGACGAUCGACCGCGAGCGCAAGGAGAUCGCUGCCAACCGCCGUCGCAUCACGGCCUUCCGCAGCGAGACGGAGCAUAAGCGCGCCGAGCUCGCCGAGCUCGGCUCUAAGCCCGCCGUCUUCCAGUCCUCCCGCUGCUCCGUCUGCACCGCGCAGCUCGACCUGCCGGCGGUCCACUUCCUCUGCAAGCACAGCUUCCAUCAGCGCUGCCUGCGCGUCGAGGGCGAGUGCCCGCAGUGCGCCACCGACAACGCCACCAUCCGCGCCCUACGCAAGACGCAGAUCGAGACGGCCGGCAAGCACGAGCUGUUCAAGGCCGAGCUGGAGAGGAGCGAGGACCGCUUCGGCACCGUCGCCGAGUGGUUCGGCCGCGGGGUCAUGGGGGCGCCUAAUGCUGAUACCACGUAG